UCUUAACAUUAGUAAGUUCCUCAGUUCGUCCCGAUUCGUUUAAUAGUUGCUAUUAUAUGAAGAAGUUGUUCCCGUUGUUCAGAAUAAAUAUAAAAAAAUCCGUACGUCCAUCAAAUUAUAAAAUUUAAUGAGUGAGCAACAUGAAAAAUAAAACACAACAUUGGUGGCAUAGUGAAUUGUUCAAAGAAUUUGAAAGAAAAUUAGGAUUUAAAAAUGACAUUAAGUGGUUUGUUUUCAUUGCAAUCACAUUAUAUCAUUUAAUUGGAAUUUAUUGGUGUUAUAAUUAUGCAUUUCCGGUCAAAUGGCAGACACUAUUAUUUGCAUUGAUAAUGUAUAUAUUAACUGGUUUCGGCAUUACUGGUGGUGCGCAUCGGUUAUGGACUCACAAAUCCUACAAAGCUAGACUUCCUAUGAAAAUAUUUCUUCUGACUUGCUUCGCUGCUGCUGGUCAGAAUUCUAUGAAACAAUGGGUCCUUGAUCACCGAGUUCAUCACAAACAUAGCGACACAGAUGCAGAUCCACAUAACGCAAACCGUGGACUAUUCUUCUCCCAUAUUGGUUGGCUUAUGAUGAAAAAGAAUGAAGAGGUGCUAAUCCGCGGGAAACAAAUAGACAUGAGUGACAUUCAAAGUGAUCCACCUGUAGUAUUAUUUGAAAGGUACUUUGGACUCUUAAAAUUAAUGUUCUGCUUCAUUCUACCAACUACUGCUGGUGUUUGGCUGUGGAAUGAGAAUUGGCGAUGCGCAGUUGCAUGGCAAUGCUUUAUCCGAUUUCUUGGUAUGUUCCAUAGUGAACUCACGGUCAACAGUCUCGCACAUAUAUAUGGAUACAAAACUUAUAAUAAAAACAUACGGCCAUCUGAGAACAGAUUUGUCGCCACAUGCACACUUGGUGAAGGCUGGCACAAUUAUCACCACGCUUUCCCUUUUGAUUACAAAGCUGCUGAGCACUUUGAUAUAUUUAAUUUUACAACAUGGUUUAUAAAGAUGUUCGCUAAAAUAGGCUGGGCAUACGACUUGAAAGAAGCUACUCCACUUAUGAUAAACUCUAUAGCUAACAGAUUAGGCGAUGGAACGCCAGUUCACUUCCCAUUACCUAUAGACGAAGUUGAUAAUGAUCUGUAUAUAAAAUCAUUUAUGCCCGACGAUAAUAAAUAUUAAACUUUAGAAAUUAUAAUUCUUUAACACCUUACUUUUAUUAUUUUCUUUUAUAUCUUAUUUUUAUUACAAUAUAUUAAUAUUAUUUUAAUUUUUAACAUUGUAGAAAUUA